GACAAUGUGAUUCACACUCAACAUUCAUACCAAUAACAAUUGCUUUCCAAUUUGCAUUCUAAAUUUAUCGAGUUCUCAACUACAUCCGAAAGAGAAGAGAAGAAUGUCGCUGAUUCCAAGUUUCUUCGGUGGCCGAAGGAGCAACGUUUACGAUCCAUUCUCCCUCGACCUUUGGGAUCCCUUUAAGGAUUUUCCAUUUUCCAGUUCCGUUUCUUCUUCAUUCCCUGAAUUAUCUCGUGAGAAUUCUGCAUUUGUGAGCACACGUGUGGACUGGAAGGAAACACCAGAAGCACACGUGUUUAAAGCUGAUCUUCCUGGACUGAAGAAAGAGGAAGUGAAAGUUGAAAUUGAAGAUGAUAGGGUUCUUCAGAUAAGCGGAGAGAGGAGCGUUGAGAAAGAAGACAAGAAUGAUCAAUGGCAUCGUGUGGAACGUAGCAGUGGUAAAUUCAUGAGGAGAUUCAGAUUGCCUGAGAAUGCUAAAAUGGAACAAGUUAAAGCUGCAAUGGAAAAUGGUGUUCUCACUGUUACUGUUCCAAAAGAAGAAAUCAAGAAGCCUGAUGUCAAGUCAAUCGAGAUCUCUGGUUAAACUCUGAACAAACUCUGUUGUUUUUGUUGGUGGACUUGUUUUGGUUGUAAUGCUCAGUACCUUUUUUGUGUGAUGCGUGUGCAAGAGAUAUGACAUGAUGUAAUAUGCGAAAUGUUGCUGCAUAAAUAAAUAAGUAAAUUGUUGUUCUUCUUGGUGUUA